CAACUACCUAACCUACCUUCUACACUGCUCCCAUUUCCUUAUUAUCUUAUCCCAAUCAUUAGACAAGAUGGAGUUGACUGAUGUGAAGCCUUCUGAGAUUACGUUUAAGCAACACCUGUUCAGUUCUGAUUUCUCUGUGAUAUUUCUUGUCGUCAUCCGGAAUCAGACAUGCGUCAUGAAAGUGCAUCAUGGACGUGGUCCACGACUGCCUUAUGAGGUAACGGAUCGUGAGCUAGAUAUAAAUGUCUGCGAGCGCGAUGCAUAUCGGCGACUAAAGGAGCGCGGGCUCUGUGAUCGCAGAAUUGUCCCGCAGUUUUACGGUAGCAUGGACAAGUUUGAUCCGAGACCUUGCCAACCACAUCUGAAUAUGUUUGUAGAGGAUGAAUAUCCUCCUAGUGCAAUUUUACUAGAAUAUCUUCCGAAUGUGGAGAUGAUCCAUCUGCAUAACUAUACCACUGAGCGGGCAGAUAGGUUUAUUGAAGGGAUUAAGGAGAUUCACAAGGCAUUGAUAUUUCACGGCGAUACCAAACCACGGAAUAUGCUCUUGGUCAAGGAUGACCCUGACCCUGAUCGAGUCAUCUGGAUCGAUUUUGACAGGGCUGACACUUACCAUGAAGAUCAAAUUACUGAGAGGCAAAGGAGCUUUCUGAGAGAGGAAGAAGGAAUAGUCGUCUCCUUCAAGCAUCAUAUGGACGAAGACGUCAAGAAAGGAAAGCUUGUCAAAGCAUAUCUCUUCUAUUGUACUUAAGUGGCCCAGCAGAUUAGCGCACAGCUCACAGAUGAUCUUUACAUUGGCCAUAGGCUCCGGUCUGAGCGCGGAUGUCGAAGCUUGACGGAACUCUUCAGCUUCGAUGCGCGGAGCAGCAGUGCGGCUCCCGUAUGCUCCGCAGCAGCAAGUGCCACGAGGCAUGUUGCCUUGUCCUGAAAGAAACUGGAUCGAAAUAAAUCGAGAUCAAUGUGAUGAAAAGGGUGUGAAACAAACACGAUGUUUGUGACCUCUGAG